AUGAAGUUUUAUAGCCACUCUUUCCAUUACGAUGACCCAUGGUCUAUCGUAACUUUGGCCUAUUUUCUUCGGUAUCCCAAUCCAUACGCGACGCACAUUAUCUCAUGCGAUGUCAUUUCUCGAGAGCUGAAACCCUCCGGCUCUCUCUUGACCACGCGUCUCAUUUUGAAGAAAGGACAGCUACCAAGAUGGGCACCCAAAGGAAUCAUAUCCAGAGCAGAGUCAUGGGUCAUUGAAGAGAGUGAGGUGGAUCCGUUGGGAAAGACUGUUCGCUGCACAACCAAGAAUCUGGAGUUCACUAAAGUCAUGAAAGUGGAGGAGUCCGUGUUUUUCCAGAAAACUACCGAAGGGAAAACUCAACAGACUACUGAGGCUAGGAUCCUCUCCGGCCUCGGUUGGGGUUUAACAAAACGUAUCGAAACGCACGGUCUGAACAGGUUCAAAGCACAUGUUCAGCGCUCGCGUGAAGGCGUCUCAUUAAUCCUGAGUCUACUUCGUGAGCGUGGGCUCCAACCCAUGACACUCAAUGCUCCUUCCACUACCCUUUCUAUGCUUGAAAACACGACGGCUAGGCAUGAAAACACUCCACGCAAGCAAAAUGGUCCCUGGACCAGGCUGAAGUCCUGGUUUUAUCCUUCAAGUUCUCGUGAUGAUUGA